AUGGGAAGAUCUGGGCUGAACAAUAGAGAUGGUCACUCACAAAGCAAUUUUGAUUCAGAUUGUGGGAGAGUUGAUGCCCUGUCUCGACGAUCUUGGAAAAAUCCUGACAGUGGUGGACUCUGUAGAGCUGGUGCCUUGCCUAGGGUGUAUGGAUGUACCACAGAGGUUUCUCCAAAGAUUCAAGAAACUGGUCAUUAUCAGCUCAAGAAGAGUGAUAAACCUUAUCGCCCUCCACAUACUUAUAAGGUUUGUAAUGUCAACUUUGAAGCUGACAAUACACUAGGGAAAACUACUUCUGUGGCAAACACGUGCUGUGAUUAUCAAGAGAAAAAACAAUCAGAAAUGCUUGUCUCCAUUGAUAAGCAGCAUGAAACUAAGAAUCUCAAUUUCCCCAUUGUUAGUGAUAGUAAUAAGGGCAUGGAGCCAUCCUCAGCUGAAAAAGUUUAUGGCGAUGGCAGACCACCAUGGAGGGCUUCUGCUCAGGAGCAGGAACUAAUAGAUUGUGAUGCAGACAAAGUGAUUGAGGGGCUGAAUAUGGGAAUGGCUAGUCAGGGGCAUUCCACAUUCAUCCUUGAAAAUGUUGCUAGCGCUGCCAAAGUUGACAGUUGUGGCGCAUCCACUCUCGUUGAGAAAAGGGCAUCACCAUAUUUGGCCACAUUUACUGAAUUUAAAUUGCAAUCUCCUGAUGGACAUUCUGCUUUCAAAGUAGAAAGUUGUAGCAGUGUGAAAACCCUCGAGGGGAACAAUGGAAACUCUGAUAAGAAUCAAACUGUCCAACCAACUUUUGAAAUGGAUUUCAUGAAAGAGGUUCAAUCAAAUGAAGCAUCCUUCUCAGUCCAACGAGGUUCUGGUGAUGGGAUUACAGAAAAUGAUGCUUUAGAGCCUUGUGAUUUUCCAUUUACAGUUGAUGAUCAGGAUUUCUUUACUUCGAUUCUUAAGGAAAGUGGAGCAAUUGGGAUGAACCAUGAAGGCGUUAAGGCUACGGGCAUUUCAGAGAAGACUGAGUCAGAUAUGAUUGAGGACAAUCAAUCUGCUUUUGACAAUGCUUUGGCCAAAAUAUCAACAAUUCUGCAAAUGGAGGAGUUGAUGCUCAGCUCUGUAGCUAAAUGUGACAACACAGCUGAUUCAGAAGUUGAAAUCUGUUUGCCUGACGAGGACAGUUUGAUUUCAAUUGAUUAUCUGACACUUUCUGAACACUCACAUUCUUUGCCCGAAAUGGAGUCUGUUCUUAUUGAAAGUGGUAGCAGCGUGCUUGAUAUUUCCCGCGAGGAGAACUUUGGAAACUCUCGGAAGAACCAAACUGUCGAACCAAGUUUUGGAACGUAUUUCAGGAAGGAGGUUCGAUCAAAUGAAGCAUCCUUCUCAGUCCAAGGAGGUUCUGUUGAUAGGAUCACAAGAAAUGAUACUUUAGAGUUGUGUGAAUCUUCAUUGACAGUGGAGGAUGAACAUUUCUUAAUUUGGCUUCUUAAUGGAAGUGGAGCAUUUGGGACAAACCAUAAAUCCAUUGGAGCCACAAGUACUUCUGAGAAGACUGGGUCGGAUAAGAUUGAGGAGGAUCAAUCUGCUUUUGAUGAUGCCUGGGCCAGAAUAUCUGCGAUUCUGCGAAUGGAAAAGGAGUCAAAACUAAGAUAUGUAGCUGAAUGUGAUGACAUAGCUGAUUCAGAAGGUGAAAUCCAUUUGCCUGAUGAUGAGAGUUUGAUUUCAAUUCAAUAUCUGAAAAAUUUUGGACAUUCCAAGUCUAUGCCAGAAAUAGAGUCAGUUCUUCAGAUGCAGCAGGACUCAAAGCUCAAUCCAGUAUCUGGCUGUGAUGAAAAAGCUGAAUUGGAAGCUGAAAUCUGUUGGCCUGAUGAGGAUAGUUUAAUUGCAAUUGAUUAUCUGCUGGUUCCUGAAUGCUCAGAGUUCAUGUGCUCUGGGAAUUCAGUGGAAAAUGAUAUGUUGACCUCAAACAUGAAAAUUGAUAUUGCUGAGAAAUCGACAAUUCUAUACAGUGCUCAGCAUGAUGAAAGAUCUAUGGAACCAGGUUUGGAAGGUCCACCGCCUCCUGACGUAGUGGGAAUGGGAACUGCUUGUCACAAUCUGCAUCCACAACAAUCUUAUCCAAUGUCCCAUCAAGCACAGAUGAAUUUCAAAAAGUCAUCUUCCCAUUCGUUGCAGUCUCAUCAAGCUCAAAUGAGUUUUCAAACCAAGUUGAUGGAUCCCAAGGUCAUCCAAUGUACUCCACUGGUGCGUCGUUAUUCUUAUACAGAUGUGAAUCCUCGACCUUUGCAGAAGACACCUCCUGCCAAAACAAAAGGGCUUGACCACCUUGUACAGUAUUCACUAUGGCAGCAGCCAACAAUUUUUUCUCCUCAAUUGCUGAGACGCACGGCACUCCUUGAUCCCAUUGAGCAGAUGGCUUGUUCUACACAAGAAUUGAACCCGGGCCAGUGUUAUCUCCCGUUUUAUUCUCAACAACCAACUUAUCAAAGUUUUGGCAUUCCAAAUCCAGAUCUAGGUGUCAUCCGAGGAUACAAUGAUCGAACUGCUUUCAACAGGUUCAUGGACAUGGGAGUCGAAGCUACGCAGACAAAUUCUUCAGCUGUAGAUGGCCAAGCUCAGGAGAGCUAUGACACCAGAUUUUGGUAUCGUAGAUAA